UGAGAAAUCAGCAGCACACACACACACACACACACCCGGAGCAUUAACCAUGCUCACGAGAAUCUGAAAGAAAGACAGAGAAGUGAAGGAAGAAGGCAGAGGGAGGGGAAAAGGCAGGUUUAAUGAAUUCAGGCGAGAGGGGAGAGAUGGAGCGUCUGCUGAGGAUCCAGUGGCCGCUGCUGCUGCUGCCGCUGCAUGUAGCUGAGCGUUUGCAGUGAGGACGUCUCUGUGGCUCGCUGGGAACCAGACACCAGUCCUGCACAGCCACAACUCCGCGUCUGUGAGACACGGGCUGGAGGACUGCCUGAGCCGGCAGGGCAGAGACCGGGGAUGGUGGACGGUCUGGGCUGGGAUCAGCAGAGCCCACAGGUCAGCCCUGCUGGGAAACGUUUAUCCACUGAGUGAUGAGGAGUAAUUACACACCGAUGAAUCUGUGGACCUGCGCCUGACCGGACUUUAUUGUCCCUGCUGCAGUGAUACAAGGAACCUGAAGCCAACAUAUAUAAUUUUUUUAUACUUUUUGGGUUUUUUUACAUUUUGGUAAUCGAUGCCAACCUAAAAGGAUUCACCUUCAGCUUCAACCCCCAUCUGUAUAUACGACCCCCUGUAACUGUAAAACGACAGGGACGAUAUCAGAGAACUUCUCAUUUGUCUUUUUACCCAACUCGAUACGAGGAUAACCAUCACCCCUCCACCCCCAACCCAACACAGACACAGGGACUGGUGGCACUUGAUGUAGAGACCAUAAAGAGCUGCUUUCAGGAAGCAUGGGAGAAAUGAGCUGGGUGUCUCUGAGCCCGGCAGAGUUCAACCAGCUGCAGCAGUACACCGAGUACUCCACAAAGAAGCUGAAGGAUGUUCUGCAGGAGUUCCACAAAGGAGGAGUUCUUUCCAAAUACAAUCCAGCGCAGAUGCAAGAUGUUCUGAACCAACCCAUUGACUAUGAGGGCUUCCAGAUCUUCAUGGACACCUACCUGGAGAACAACAUUCCAGAGGAACUGUGUCAGCAUCUGUUCACCUCCUUCAAGAGCAAGACGGGGCGCUGCUCUCCGGACCAGCCUCAGGCGGGAUCCAGCUUACUGGACGCACGUUCCAUUGAUGCAGGCAUCUCAAUUCAGACUGAAGUGGCCUGUGCCCCCAUUACAGGGAUGAAUGGGAAAAGCAUCCUGUCUGCGAUGGGCCUACACACUUCGGAGCACUCCACUACGAAGAGCGCAGCGGGCUCUGGAGCCACUACGUCCUCCUCACAGCACUCAGGUACAGCAGUCAACACACCAGGGGGUCCCCAUCAAUCACAAGGAACGCAGGUCCAACCUUCAGCCGCCUCCAGCAACGCCCUGAUCCCCAAAGCUAGUUCUUCCAAAACUCCUGGAUCCCCAAACCUCCAGUCAGAGGAGAACAACUCUGAGAAGCAAGUUUCCCUGCAGAAGAGCCCGUCGCCUCAGAAAGACUCCCCACAGACGUCCCUUCAGGUGGUCUUUCUUAAGGACAUUGUCUGCUACCUUUCGCUGCUGGAAAGGGGGACGCCAGAGGACAAGCUGGAGUUCAUGUUCCGACUGUACGACACAGACGGCAACGGGCUCCUGGACAACUCAGAGCUGGAUCACAUCAUCAAUCAGAUGGUCCACGUGGCCGAGUAUCUGGAGUGGGAUUCAACAGAGCUACGGCCGAUACUGAAGGAGAUGAUGAACGAGAUCGAUCUUAACCAGGACGGGACGGUCACACUGGAGGAGUGGAUUAGAGGAGGCCUCACCACCAUCCCUUUACUGGUCCUGCUGGGAAUGGACGCGAACAUGCAGGAGGACGGGCAGCAUGUUUGGCGUCUGAAGCACUUCAACAAACCAGCCUUCUGUAACUACUGCCACACCGUGCUGCUGGGCGUCCGCAAGCAGGGCCUCUGCUGCUCCUCAUGCAAGUACACGGUGCACGAACGCUGUGUGUCCAAAAACAUCGAUGCCUGCAUCAGCACCUACGCUAAGUCCCGCAGGCACACCAAUGUUAUGCAGCAUGUUUGGAUAGAGGGGAACUGUCCGUUGAAGUGCGAGCGCUGUUACAGGAGCAUCAAGUGCUACCAGAGCCUGACAGGCCUGCACUGUGUCUGGUGUCAGGCCACGUACCAUAACAAGUGUGCGUCCCAUGUGAAGCCUGAGUGUGACGGAGGGAGCCUGAAGGACCACACCCUGCUGCCGUCAUACAUCUGUCCUGCGGUGCUGGAUCGUCAUUCCAUGGCGAAGCACCGGGAGAGCGACUCCACUCCCAACGCCAGCCCUGACGACGCCAGCAAGACAUUUAAGUUCCCUUCUGUAGACAGGCAGGCACUGCAGAUCACCCCUCUCCCAGGAACACACCCCCUCCUGGUCCUGGUCAACCCUAAGAGUGGAGGGAGGCAGGGGGAGCGUGUCCUCAGAAAGUUCAGGUACCUGCUAAACCCCAGACAGGUGUACACACUGGAGCACGGAGGCCCCAUGAACGGGCUCAACUUUUUCCAUGAUGUCCCAGAUUCCCGGGUGCUGGCCUGUGGAGGUGACGGUACGGUGGGCUGGAUCCUCGACUGCAUCGAUAAGGCUAACUUUACCAGACACCCUCCAGUGGCCAUCCUCCCUCUGGGCACAGGAAAUGACCUGGCACGAUGUUUACACUGGGGAGGAGGCUAUGACGGCAGCAGCUUGAUGAAAGUUCUGCGGGACAUCGAACACAGCACCGAGGUGGUACUGGACCGCUGGAACAUCGACAUCAUUCCUGAUGACAAGGAGGAGAAGGGCGACCCCGUCCCUUACAGCAUCAUCAACAACUACUUUUCUAUAGGAGUGGAUGCCUCCAUCGCCCACCGCUUUCAUCUGAUGAGAGAAAAACACCCAGAGAAGUUCAACAGCAGAAUGAAGAACAAGCUGUGGUACUUUGAGUUUGGCACCACUGAGACCAUAUCCGCCACCUGCAAGAAACUCAACGAAUGCAUAGAGUUGGAGUGUGACGGGAUCGUCCUGGACCUCAGCAAUACAUCCUUAGAGGGCAUCGCUAUUCUGAACAUUCCCAGCAUGCACGGUGGCUCCAACCUGUGGGGAGAGACGAAGAAGAGGAGGUCCUACAGCCGAAUGAGCAAGAAGGUUGCAGACAAGAUGCCCAGCAGCACCGUCACAAACCCUAAACAGCUCAAGUUCUGCGUUCAGGACUUCAGUGAUCAGCUCUUGGAGGUGGUGGGCCUGGAGGGGGCAAUAGAAAUGGGGCAGAUCUACACUGGGCUGAAGAGCGCGGGACGCAGACUGGCUCAGUGCACCAGCGUCACCAUCAGGACUUCUCGGCGGCUGCCCAUGCAGAUCGAUGGUGAGCCUUGGAUGCAGCCUCCCUGCACGGUCAUCAUCACGCACAAAAACCAGGUCCCCAUGUUGCUGUGCCCUUCCCAGAAGACCUCCUUCUUCUCCUUCAAGAAACGCAGCUACAGCCGCGAGUAGGACUCAAACACCCCGACUCAGAAACACACACACAUUUAAACGUUACAACUUCCUGCUGCCAAACAACAGCCGUGUUGCUGCCAGGUUGGAUUAUAGACGUGAGAAAUUCAUUUUUGUUCCUGAAGUUGGGCGGCCUUUAGACAUUUUAUUCUCGGAACCUACAGAGGUGACAACGGACGGAACCAACCAUCAUCCUGGAGUCCGAAAACAUCCUUUCCCUCAGCCACUUGAAAACCCGAGUCACACACCAAUACGACCCGGCCAGAUAAGUUCUGCUGCUCGGUCCAGACGGUCACAGGGGCAGGACACACAACCAUCCAUUAGAGACUGAAACACUACGACUGGGAGAGAGGAAGGGGGGGGCAGCCAGGUGAGAUCCUGGUCCUGGUUGAAGUACCCCUGUGAAUAAUGAAACAACGGCUGCUUGUAAGAGCACUUGUCUCCGGGUCUCCCCACAGACUCUCAUCAUGCCACAGCAAAGGAAAAGCCUCAUUCAUUAUUAACUGACUGCGCUUGCAGAUUGAUGGCGUCGUGGUGUAACAGUGGCCCAAAAAGGACAGAAGCAUGCAGGGACCUAGUAUCUGUAGUAUCACUGUCCUACAAAAAGAAACCCCUUAGAGCACUUUCCCCGGCUGUGCGGACGAUCCGGCGGAGGCUCCCGGCACGGAAAACGUCCACUACUGCUACGAUAUCAGUCUGGACUAAAAGUAGAUCAUAGAGACAAUGUGGUUCAGUCUUGCUUUCUGUUAGAAAAGUGAUGCAUGUGCUGUAACACUAAAUUCCUGAUUUCAGUAGAAUCAGCUCCUGUGCACAGUACAACACACUUCUAGUGAAGUCAAAAAGCCCUGAGGGCCACUUCUGACUUUUAUUAAUCUAGUUCAACAUCAACAGGUCAAACAAACCUGUGUGUCUAUUGCAGGGAGGGUCUCUGUCACUAGCUGCGUUCCAUUACAAAUGUGAGCAAAACUUUUGUCACUAUUCUGUUAAUGUUGGGGGGAAAAAAAACAUUUUGCAAUUGAGUUGUUUCCAUUAAAUAAGAAACGCAAUUAAGAUCACAAGUGAAUAAGUUUAUUCACGCAAUAAGUUGUUCAAAAACACGCCACGCCAUCAUCCUCCAACUACUUCCUGCCAUCUUCUUCUUUGUGGUUUUCACUAACAGCAAAAUCCUGUUGCUUGCAGUUUUGCAAAAUAUACUAAUUUUCAGACGGCCAAAGAAAAAAAAACAUUUCAUUCACCCUAAUGGCAAA